UCCAGAAUCACUCUAUAUGCCACCAGUCAGUAUUGUCUGAAAGUAACAUGGAUAUUGCGUAGAUUUUGCAUCAGCAGGGAAUAACAGAAUGUUUGUUUCAAGGGGCUGCUGCUAUAGCCUAGCCUAUGUAGCCUAUGUGUAUUUAGCCCAAACAUAUUCUAUGACUGGAGGGACUUCUGAAAUUGAAAUUCAUUACAUCAAAGAGCAAAAAGGUUACAUAGCCUACCUCUUCGACAGCUGCCCAUUCAAUCCCUCGUGUGUGGGACGCUUUUUCCAGUUAAUUUUAGGGAAGUAAAAAAAAGUCUCCAGAACAGGUCUAUUUAUCAGCUGGCGAACAUUGCAUCGUUAUCCGUUAUACAGGCCGGCGACACAUCAGUCUUGUCAUCGGAGACAUUCAGAUUUGCCAUCUCCGCUGUGACUAUGAGGUCCCAUUCGGCACAGCACCUACUCUCUUCCUCUGUGGGCAUCUGUCUGCACUCUCCACAGGAGCACCAUCAAGUGCCAGUGACUCUGGACACUUUGCACUGCAACCGUGCCAUCUAUGAAGAUAUGGCAAAGAUAAUGGCGGACAACGGCUACAAUCAGUCCUGGCUCCAGUGUCAGCGAAAAAUGAAACACCUCAAAGUUGUGACACGAAGGCAAACAAUACUAACAAAAGGAGUGGUAGGGGCAGGGCAACUUGUCCCUUUUUCGAAGACAUCGAUGCACUGCUCCGCAAUAGACCCACAUAUAGCCCUGGUCUGGGGGACGGGUUAAAUCUGAGGACAUCGUUACCAUGGAGCCCACCAACAGCGAGGACAGUUGGACUGGAGUAAUGCCAGACAACCAGCCUGAUAAUGACGAUGAUUGUGCCAGGACACCGACCUCAGAAGCCACAGAAGCAACCCCCAGUGCAGCAGUUGUUUCCUGGUGGCGGAUGUCUCGACGCCUCGCUCUGAGGUCGGAGGCCUGUUGGCAUUGGGAGGUAGGUCCGCAGCAGCAGUGAUGCGGGCCUCAGUGGCAGGUUGCAGGAUGAGCGUGGGAGCACUCCUCAAUGGGCUGCUGGUCUCCGUAGUUGCAGCUCUGCUUUGGAAGUAUUCCAAGCUCAGUGAGCACGCUGCCCUGCUGGAGGAAGAGCUGCAUAUGACACGACAGUCCCAGGAGCUCUCACAGGCCCGCAUCGACUACCAUGUUGCCCUGCAGGCUCUUCAGGAACACGGCACCCACAUGGUCUGCACUGGCAAGAUGCACACCGACCGUAUCUGCCGCUUUGACUACCUCUGCUACUGCUCCGAGGCAGAGGAGUUUGUGUUCUUUCACUCCAAUUCCUCUGUCAUGUUGCCAAACCUGGGUUCAAGGCGCUUCCAACCUGCCCUGCUGGACUUGUCCUCAGUAGAGGAUCACAACACUCAGUACUUCAACUUUUUAGAGCUCCCUGUUGCUGCAUUAAAGUUUAUGCCUAAGCCUGUGUUUGUACCAGAUGUGACACUGAUCCUAAACCGGUUUAAUCCAGACAACCUAAUGCAUGUGUUUCAUGAUGACCUCAUCCCAGCCUUCUACACUAUGAAACAGUAUUCAGACUUAGAUGAUGAGGCACGUUUAGUUUUUAUGGAGGGCUGGGGUGAAGGCCCACACUUUGACCUCUACCGACUUCUCAGCAGCAAGCAGCCACUACUUAAAGAUCAACUUAGGAACUUUGGCAAGCUCAUGUGUUUUACAAAAUCUUAUGUUGGCUUGUCCAAGAUGACAACCUGGUACCAGUACGGUUUUGUUCAACCGCAGGGGCCCAAAGCCAACAUGUUGGUCUCAGGACAUGAGAUCCGGCAGUUUGCCAGGGCUCUGAUGGAGAAAAUGAACAUCACAAGGGUGGAGGAGGUGGAGAGGGAUGGAGGGAGUGCUGAAGAUGAGAAAGAGAAAAAGGAUGAAUACAUUGUUGUGUUCAGUCGUUCAACAACAAGGCUGAUACUGAAUGAAGCAGAGCUAAUCAUGGUGCUGGCCCAGGAGUUCCAGAUGAGAGUGGUCACAGUGUCCCUGGAAGAACAGUCUUUCCCCAGUAUUGUCCAGGUGAUCAGUGGUGCUUCUGUGUUAGUCAGUAUGCAUGGAGCUCAGCUUAUCACCUCACUCUUCCUCCCCAGAGGAGCUGUUGUGGUGGAGCUAUUCCCCUUUGCUGUGAACCCAGAGCAGUACACCCCAUAUAAAACCCUUGCCACCCUUCCAGGCAUGGACCUUCACUAUAUCUCCUGGAGGAACACUAAGGAGGAGAACACCAUCACCCACCCAGACAGACCCUGGGAACAAGGGGGCAUUGCUCACCUGGAGAAGGAGGAGCAAGAGCGAAUUCUAGCGAGCAAAGAUGUCCCCAGGCACCUGUGCUGCCGCAACCCAGAGUGGCUCUUCCGAAUCUACCAGGACACUUUGGUGGACAUCCCUUCUUUCCUGGAAGUCCUUAAAGAGGGCAUGAAGAUGAAGUCUAGCUUAAAGAAAUCAAAGCCAGCUAGCACAGUCCACCCGGGCCGCGUCAGAGAACCCCAGUGUCAAACCUCAGUACAAACCACUAACGAGGCCAAGCUCACUGUCUCCUGGCAGAUUCCGUGGAAUCUGAAAUACCUGAAGGUGAGAGAGGUGAAGUACGAGGUGUGGAUCCAGGAGCAGGGAGAGAACACCUACAUGCCUUAUAUCCUUCCCCAGCAGAACUACACAUUUUCAGAGAACAUUAAGCCCUUCACCACCUACCUGGUGUGGGUCAGGUGUAUUUUCAACAAGAACCUCUUGGGCCCCUUUGCAGAUGUUCUUAUGUGCAGGACCUAGAACAAACACCUUGCCAGUUCGUUGCUGUGGAAUUUUACACAAAGGUUGAGUCAUGCUUGCACAAUAUGAAAACAGGCAGCUGAACUCUUGGACAGUAUUGUGUCCUCAGCAAGCGCAGGCAACAUAGGAACUUCUGGAAGAACUGUUAAAGACUUGAAGCACAGGGUCAGAACUCAAUGGCAACAGCCAUUAAUCAAAGGAAAAUAUAUUUCCUGUACCUAUGAAAGAAGGAACAUUGUCUCUACUGAAAACACCAGAAUUCAAAUUAUGAGAUUUAUAUAUGUGCAAAUAAUAUAUAACGUGAUUUUUAGUAUUAGUCAAAACACUGGUUCUUUACCUUUUACAGUAUGCAAUAUAGCUUUUCUGUGGAGAGCAAGAAAGAUUUUAGAACAGCAGAUUUUUAAUGUUUUCUGAUUUGUCCAAUGUCUACUGUGUGUGUGAUACCUGUGUGGCUUAGUUUUCCUUCCAAUUGUAUAAUUACAAACACCAUUAUCUACAGAACCUAGCCAAAACCAGAACAGCAUUUUCUGUCACUCAUACCAUAUUAAGCCCCAUUUCCACCAAGCAGUCUGCUAUCGUUCAGUUCAGUUCAGUACACAUGUUUUCUGUUUCCCCUGUGAAAAGUUGUGGAUGGUACC